CAUCGCCAAGAUGGCUGGAGGGGAUCAGAACGGAACAGCCAACGUCUCCUACACAGAAUUCCUUUUGCUCCCCUUCCCAGGCCUCCAAGAGUCCAGAUAUCUCCUCGCCAUCCCUUUCUUCUGUCUUUACUUCAUGAUUGUUGCAGGGAACUCCAUCCUGAUCCACACUGUGAGGACAGAUCACAGUCUCCAUUCGCCCAUGUACGUCCUGAUUGCUUUGCUCUUCGCAGUCAACCUCUGUGGCUCCACCGUCAUCCUUCCCAAGAUGCUCCUCAGCUUCCUUCUCGGAGUCAGCCACAUCUCCCUGACGGAGUGCCUGGUCCAGAUGUUCUUCAUCUACUUUGUCCUCAUGUUGGACUGCAAUGUGCUCCUCCUGAUGGCUUUGGACAGGUAUGUGGCCAUUUGCCACCCUCUGCAUUACACAGACAUCAUGACGAAGAAGCUCCUGGUGAUAUUGACACUGGUCGCUCUUGCCCGGAGUCUGGCUGUAGUGGGCCCAGUGGUAAUCCUGGCCUCCCAGGUGAGGUUUUGCCGGUCCAACAUCAUUGGGCAUUUUGCCUGUGAGCACAUGGCCCUCAUGAAGUUGUCCUGUGGUGACAUCUCCAGGAACAAGAUUGUAGGCCUGGCAGCAAGAACCAUCACCAUCAUCUUUGACUUUUGUUUCCUCCUGGGUUCUUAUGGCUGCAUCCUCCAGGUAUCCAUGCAGAUGAGCUCUGGCCACACCCGACACAAGGCCUUCCACACCUGUGGCACCCACCUCAUGGUCAUCCUCACAGUCUACUCUUGCAGCCUUGUCUCCUCUCUUGUCUUCCGCUUAGCUAAGUCAGCCAGCCAGGAUGUCCACAAUCUGCUCAGCGCAAUAUACCUGUUUCUUCCCUGGAUCCUCAACCCCAUCAUUUAUGGCUUGAGGACUAAGGAGAUCCAGGACAGUCUUUGGAAGCUGCUCAGGAGGAAAUGGGCUCAUUUGGUCCCAGGGAAAGCAGUGGCUAGGAGCAGAACCAAGUGACUGAUUCUGUGUGCCAGAUUUAGCAGAACCACCUAGAGCAGACAUUGCACACCUGGUACCCUGAAGCUGUUUUUGACUACAACUCCCAUCAGCCACAGUCAGCAUGAUGGGGGCUAUUGUACAAAAAGAUAUGGAGGGCUGCAGCAGGUUGGCCCAGGCUGGUCUGGAGCCAUGCAAACGGGUAGCCACCCGAGAUGAUUUCAAGGGUGUUCAUAUGGCACAGGGAACAAAUGACAGAAGUCUACUGCUUGGGUCUUUCUUGAAAGGCCGUGGAAGGAUUCUGCCAAGCAUUCCUCUGAAGGUCUCACCCUGCCUGCCAUUAGGGUCAGAGGACAUCUGGGAGAUGAAGAGCUUCUCCCAGCUCAGUCUGACCGUUCUCAUUCUUCAAGAGGAGCCAGAAAGCCAAAAGUGAAGAUGAUGAAUUUACAUGACGGAGUUUGUUUGGGUCUCUCCCUCUCCCCUCGUUCCUUCUUUCUUUCCUUAAAAUUGUUGGAAUAUUUUGUUAGUUGUUAUACAUUUGAUAAAUUAAUACUGUACUGUUUGCAGCAAAAAUAGCUCUCACAGAGGCACAGCAACUACAGUCUUUGGUUUGAAAGAAUCUGGAAUGUAGUAACAUUAUCAAAACUUACUAUCACAGGAAAGAAAAAAUAAUCAGCAAACAUCAUCUAUUGAAUAAUAGUCAUUUUUUAUUAUGUUUUGGAAUCAUAAAUUCCCAGAGAACAUGCACUGUUGCAUUAUGGUAUUGGUAUUAUUUUAUAUUAUUUUCAUCACUGUAUAAAUGAUAAAGGUUAUGCUACAUAUAUUGACUUGUAA